AAGUUUUCUUAUGAGUUUUUUUGAAUAUUUUUUUAGCUGGUGUAGCUCAUUUUUACGAAUAUGUAGAUUAUUUGGUAUUAUAUAUAUCAUAGAGCAUCAUAUUGUAUAUGCCUAACAUUUGUUUUGUGUGACAAAUGUGAAUCUGUAAAGUAAAAAUCAAUAGAGUCGAGUAAAAAGUACAACACGUAUAGUAGAGUGGAAGUAUAGAGUAGCAUGAAAUGUCAAUACUCCAGUGAAAUGUACUUGGGUGCACUCAACCUCUGCUGACAGAAAAGUGACAUGUUUGAAAAAUAUUGAUUUUAUGGGGACAGAAUUAGAUUUUCUUCUUCUACAGUGAUAAGACUGUUUAAAGCAUGACACCUUGUGGCCUUAUUGUGGUACUACACAUAAGCAAACCCACAUCCAGGAAUGGAUUUGUUAUAUAUUAUUUCCAAGGUCCGUUGUAAAUUACAUUAAAAAAAACUAUAUCUGACAAAAAGUGGAUUAAUUGACCAUUAAAAUUUACUUUCUGUCUAAAUAUUGCAAUAAAUGUGAAAAAAACGGCUUUGUGUCCCAGAUCAGAAAAAUCUCAUGUUAUUUUAAAGCGUAUGACAAAGGAAAAAUAAUAUUCAGGCUGAUAGGAGUCACAAGGACCCACUAGUGAACAAACUACAGUCUGCUGUUGUCUCUCUACGCAGCACAAAUAAACAAGAAGCCGCUUUGUUAACUCUAAACCCAGCUGCACCUCGAGCUAAACAACUGGUAAUGUUGCUUUCGGUUCCAGAAAAUCGUUCACGUUUCCGGGAAAGAAGGCUAGAGAUCACUCAUCGGUAUGAAAAAAGGAGGCUGGGAUAAAAACGAUUUUCAUACUACCCCUUUCCGGAACUCUCGGCAAACUACAGUCUGCUGUUGUCUCUCGACGCAGCACAAAUAAACAAGAAGCCGCUUUGUUAACUCUAAACCCAGCUGCACCUCGAGCUAAACAACUGGUAAUGUUGCUUUCGGUUCCAGAAAAUCGUUCACGUUUCCGGGAAAGAAGGCUAGAGAUCACUCAUCGGUAUGAAAAAAGGAGGCUGGGAUAAAAACGAUUUUCAUACUACCCCUUUCCGGAACUCUCGGCAAUACAACUGUAUGAGGCCGAUCCCAGUUCAUAUCUGCAGACUGGAGAGAAAACCCAUGAUUACGAAAUGUUGUUAACCCUUGUCUGAGUCAUAAUAGCUGGGUCCGUUCAGUCAGUUCACCGGCAGGUUGCUUGUGUUAAAAGAUUAAUUAGAUUAUAAAAGUGCAAAACAGCCUCGUGGGAUCUCUUUAUCUCUCGAUCGGGAGAAUUAUUUUGUUGUUGUUGACAUCUUGAUGGGCUAUUAGAAACACCUGCCAGCAUAAUGCAACACUAUUGAACUGCAGCAUCGGAGUUGACCAUGAACUAAAAAUGUCAAAACAAAGCUAAUGGGCCGACUAUCGGCCUAUUCCAGUUCUUAAUUCCUUUUGAUUGUAUGUGUAUAUUGAUCUACAAAGGUGCACCGAUACAGGUGAUAAGAUAAAGUGAGGGAAGUAAAACUAUGUUCACCUCUAAGCAUUAUGUCCAACAUGGUCCCAAGAAGUUGAAAGACAUGAACAUGCAACGUAAAACCAAUAUGGCGAAUGCACAAUGCAAAUAUUGAAAGAAUAGCUAUUGACCAUCAACUGAACACAGACCUUACGGAGCAUACCCAUUGGUCUGCAGCUUUUGUUGUUAUGACACACUUCUAAAUGUAUCCAAGCACAGCUGCAACAAUGCAUUGAGUAGUUUUCAACUCGUAAAUGAAUUGCCAACUAUUUCAGUAAUCGAUUAAUAAGUUUGAGUGAUUAAAAAAAAAAAAUGUUUAAAGAAAGAACAUUUCUCAGAUGUGAAAUAUUUCCUAUAAUGAACCGGAUAUUUAAAACAAGAUAUUUAAGGGCAUCAUCUUGGCUUUUGGGAAACCCUGAUUGGCACUGUUCACUGUGUUCUGACAUCGUAUUGACCAAACCACUGAUCGAUUAAUGACUAUAGUUGCAGCCCGAUACAUCUCGGUUAAUCAAACGGCCGAAACUGGGCACGAGGACGGAGAGCCCGCCGGCGCCUCUGAUAGGAAAUGGCGUCUGCAGCUGCUACUUCCUGUAAAACGUGGCCGGCCGGCGCGCGGAGGGGAAGUUUGACAGCUGAACCGAGGAGCUGCGGCGAAACCAACAACAAGUGCGCAAACAUGACGUCAGCCCGCGCCAAGCAGGAAGAGUUCUUCUGUCCUCAGCCGCACUUCUCUCAGUGACGUCACCGGCUCCAGGUGAGGCAGGAGGGCAGAGACGUGUGCAAACAUGGGCGGAGAGACCGUGAGCAGGUAGACCCGCUGCGCAGAGUCCGGUAACCAUCACACGACGCCCGCGUCUCCUCACCGACACCGGGACUGAGCCCCGCCGUUCUCCUGCAGCUGAGGGAGAAGACGUGAGUUCACCGACACGGUUUCAUUCAGGAACAUUUAAUGGCGACUCCUCCAACCAUGGAAACGAAUACAAAAACACCCCGGCCUUCUGCCGGCCAGCUGAUUUACGUGCCUCACAAGGACACAAUGCGUCUGCUGGAUGUGUACGUGAAGCGCAGCCUCAGCCUCAAUGAAGGCACCCUGCGGUCUAAGAGGCCACCGGGGAAAGAAAAGUGGGUGACGGUGCCGAGAAAGCCAAGACGACAUUCCAGUGACCCUUCCCUUCACUUGGGCGGCGGACUAAAACUCGGGGAGAUCGGUACGUUUUCCGCGGUGGAACCGGACCAGCCCGAGACGCGUCCGGCGCAAUCGGAAUCGGAGAAACCCGUGAAAAAACCCAAGAAGAACAAGAAGCCCUCGCUUUGGAAAAGCUUCCUGGCUAUUUUCUCCCGGAGGGGUAGCAGCGAGGAGAAAGACGACGAGCAGGACGGCGCUCUGACGAUACCCGAGGGCCCCCCGGUGGCGGAGGCCUCCGACAGCGGGGACGUCUCCGGGCCCCCACCGAUUGUCAACUUGCGCAGAAAGAAGUCGUCGAGAAGCAGAUCCCUCAGAAGAAGGUUCUCCAAAAGGGGGAUAUCGCCCACAAAACUAAACAGAGCCAGUCGAGAUCUCACCCACGCCGACAUCACUCUAGUUGAAGCCGUCAUCGUGGAGCCCACAUACACUUACUACGAGAACGUGACGGAGGAACUGGAGAAAAUUGUCCACGAGGUCCAAAUAAAUGAGGAAGUUGAACGUCUCUCUGAUGAGGAAAUAAUCGAGAGGAUCAUUGCUUUGACAAAGGUGGAGGGGGACGCCAUAGACGACAAGCUGAAAGACUACCCGGGCCUAAGCGACUUCUUCACGGGGAUGUCGUACUCGUCCUUCCAGAAGCUGGCCGACGCCUACCUGGAGACGGAAGCGUCGCCGGCUCACAAGCCUCCCUCUGUGCUGCCGACGGCCCCGGAGCUGGUGAAGUUGGCCUUCACGCUGGACUUCACAGCCAGAAUCGCCGGGCUCAACAAGCAGAACGUUGGCCACAUCACCGGCCUGGGGUACCGCUACCUACAAGACCGAUUUGAAUACCAACAGGCGUGUUCAGAUCACCCAAGGUCUGACGGCGAUGACUGAAAACCAAAGAUGUGGUUAUGGAUGUGUUGCAACUAUGAAUUCCUCCUUUUCUCAGAACACAAACACAACAUAACGCACAUUGUAAGAUUGAAUUCAUUCCACUUUUGCUGUUUUUCCAUAGAAAAUCUGUGUAAAUAUUCUGCAAGAAAAAAACCACUUGAAUGCCUUUGGUAGAUUUGAAAGUUUACUUUUCAAAUUGUGAACUGUAAUAUUAAGUGCUGUCUUAAAAUGUGGCAAUAUUUGAGAAAGUUGAUUCCUCAAUGAAAAUGUGACGCUUUUUAUACAAAUCCACCAUUGAAAUUCUAUAAGUUCUUGAUUUAUAGUGUAUAUAUAUAUAUAUAUAUGUAUAUAAACUCGACUGCAAUAUUUGUUUUACACUUCUAGAGUUGUACAACAGAAGCUAGACUGAAAUGUGACACCAUUUGUUUUUUUUAUAUGAAUGCUGGCAUCCAUAUCACAUACUCAAAUAAAAUGUUUAAUUUAAUGCUCAAA